AAAAUAGCGAUAAACAGCAGUAUAUCUUACCGAGUACUUUCAUUGACGUUGACUUUCCGAAUUGGUCAUCCGACUUUUACGACUUUUCCAUGCUUUCUCCAGAAAAUAGCGAUAAACAGCAGUAUAUCUUACCGAGUACUUUCAUUGACGUUGACUUUCCGAAUUGGUCAUCCGACUUUUACGACUUUUCCAUGCUUUCUCCAGAAAAUAGCGAUAAACAGCAGUAUAUCUUGCCGACUACUUUUAUUGACUUUCCGAGUUUGUUUCCCGACUGUUACAACUUUCCCGUGCUUUCUCCAAAUUCUAUUCAACGUUCUUCUUUUUUCCCUCAACGUCAAUUCUACAAUGACUUUAAUAACGAUAACAUAAAUGAGCAGACGUAUACGAAUUAUGGAUUUGAAUCUUAUUCUGCUUAA